UUUGUUUUUUUACAAAUAUUUUUUAAGGGGAAACUGUCAAUCCCAAUCCCAAAUAGCAGGGAUCAAAGAGCAAAUAUAAUGUACGCGUUCAUGCGUUUCUUGGAGGACGACAUGUGCUACGUGUUACCUGUGUCAGACGUGAAAGAUUUCCAGCCUGUGCACAAAAGAGAUUUUGAUGACCAGAAGGUGUAUGUGGUGCUGAGAGGAACAGGCCAGCCUGCCAAAGCACACAUCCUUGCCCUAGCAGAAAGCAUUGAGGAAUUAGAGCACAGUAUUAUGCAAAAGAAGAUGAAAAUAACCAAGAUGUCGAACAGGAACACAGUGGAGAAUCACUUUGUGGAGGAGAGAAUGCCCCUUAGACAUAAAAAGGUGCAGUCACAGGAACAACAGCAGGCUAGUUCCAACUCCUCAAAGAGCCUUGCCGCGGUAGUGGCGCGACUGGAGAGGAAUGCUGUUAAUUCAUGCAUGGAGGGAGAUGAGCUGGACAGACUCACAACAGAGGAAGAGGAAGAGCAGGGUGAAGCCGUGGUGCCUCGCGUGCUGUAUGAGGAGCUGGUGCAUAGCUACAGGCAGCAGGAAGAGGAAAUGAGACGGCUGCAACAGGAACUGGAGCGCACACGCAGGCAGCUGCUGCAGCAAGCCAAGAAGCUUAAGGAGUAUGGGAGUCUGCUGACCGAAGUCAAGGAGCUGCGUGACUUCAAUCGACGCCUGCAGGACGUCCUGCUCAUGAGGCUUGGCAGCGAGCCGAUGCAUGAUAAUGGCACACAGACAAUCAAAACAGAGGUAGUGGAGCCAAUCAGUGAGCCACAGGAGGCGUGUCAAGAGGAAGCCAAUACUAGCUCCACCCACUCCCUUUCCCCGAGGACCAUCUACACGUUUAGUGAUGGCAAAGUGCACUUGGGCGGAGGGAUUUGGGUAGAGGAGGAGAAGUGGCACCAGCUACAACGGACACAGGGAGACUCGAAAUUCACCAAAAACCUUGCGGUAAUGAUAUGGGGCACAGAAACCCUUAAGAACCGCAGCGUCACUGGCGUUGCUACAAAGAAAAAGAAAGACGCUCUACCAAAACCACCGCUUUCACCAAGCAAGCUCAAAAUUGUCAGAGAGUGUCUGUAUGACCGUGUGUCUCAAGAAACGGCAGACAGCGCGGAGAUCACCCAGCGCUUAUCCAAAGUGAACAAAUAUAUCUGCGAAAAGAUCAUGGAUAUCAACAAAUCCAUCAAGAACGAGGAACGGCGAGAGUCCAAGCUUCUCAUCCAACAGACGGUGAAGAUGGAGAACUUCCCUUACGACAGCCUGUAGGGAGUGCUAAAGUUGUCACCAUAGCUCAUUCUGUUCCUCAAGGACUUCUGGUGGAGAAGGUGCACAUAAUCACCGGCGCUGCCAAUUGAGAUUCUCACUGAUGCCCUCCCUAGACCUUUCUGUCUUUUACUCUCGUAGACCUUGUUUUACAGUCUGUUUGACAGUUUUACCUCUUCCCACACUGUCUAGCAAGCUGGUGUGCAUUCUGUGAGUGAAUGGGGAUGGGUGGGGUUUUAUAAGCCUUGAUUGGGGUAUUCGGGGUGGGUUGGAUAUCACGCAUGUUAGACAGGAGCGAUCCUUUAAAUCAUGUUCGAGAAAAAUGUGUUUUGCACAUCAGCUUGCGUUCUGUGUCAGAACAUGUCCUUAAAUGUACUAAAGAGAGUCUUCUUAUUUCAGGAGGAUGUUUGGGAGGUGUUAUAAAUGCUGGCUUAGACUUGCAGUCUAAGAGGGGGUAGGUCACUUCAUAGGGACCAUCUGCUAAAGGUACUUAAUGUAGAGAGUUGCAGUGAUGCACUUUUAAACAGGGUCAGGCCUUGCAUUGUCUCAACGAAUGAUUGAUCCAAUUGAUCAAUCUAGGCCCAAUAGCUCCUGUUAAUUGCUUUCCUGUGAUGACUACUGAUGACCCGUUCUUGAAGGUUGAUAGGGCUACAGAGGUUGCAUGUAGUCAAUGGUGCUAAACAAUUGUCCUCAAAGACAGAUUAGCAGCAUUUCCUAGGAGAUCAACCACAAACUGUAAAGAGAUCACAUUUAGAUGUUCCUAGAUAUAUUUAGUAAACAUGGUGUUCCCUUUUGCUCACUUUUCUUGAGGUAAGAUUCUGCCUUCAAGUCCUGCUGGUGUUCAGAAGUUGUAAUUAAGAUGAGAUGUGCGUUUAAAUUAUUUAGAUUGGAACAAAAUCGAUGUGUUUGGCAAAAGUUGGAGCUCAAAGAAAAUCCUUAGUUUUCCACUGGUUAUUCAGACGAUAUCGAGGCGUUCAUGUGUGCACAUCUUAUAAAUACAAUCGUUCCAGCAUGACUUGGAAGACAGCAAUAGACUUAGAGAGUAGAGUACUUUAUUGACAUAUGUACAAGGCCUUGUCCCAAAUGGAGCACUUGAUAUGAACUUGCAUUCUCAUUUACAUAUAUGCAUUUGGCAGACAUUUUUAUCCAAAGUGACUUACAGUAAAUAAAAGGUAUAAUUUGUGUUCUCUGGGAAUUGAACCAUGAUCCUGGUGUUGCUAGCGCCAUGUCCUACCAGUUGUAUAUACAAAAUUCACUUCUAUUUUAGAUACAUUCUCUUAAAGCAAUUCUAAAUAUCUUGUAUGUUGCUUCUCAAUUUUUUAGACCAUUUUAAAUGGAAAAAAAGACAAAAACACUUGAUAACGAUAUUUAUUUAUUUAUUUUUUUUUGCUGUGAAUUUCUUUACUGAAUUAAAUUUAAUAAAAAGUAUUUUUCCGUUUAAUUCAGUGAAUGUCAUUUCGAGGUAUUUUUAAAAGAUGAUUUUGUCCUCUUUAUUGUUAGUAAGCACAUUUAAAACAACCUUUUAAGUUGGGGCACAAGCUGAAUAAUCGGUUAAGAGCUAAUGAUUAAUCAUCGUCGAAUAAUUGUUCGAUUAUCAAAAUAAUCGUUAGUUGCAGCCCUACUGUAUUGUGUCGUUUUAUGAUUAUAAAGGAUGCUUAAAGGUACUUUGCACCCUUCAUGCUCCAUUUUGCAGAGUUUUCAGCAAUACGUACUGCACAGAGGACAAAUAUUUAACAGUUUAUGCGACAUAACAUCACCAAAAUUUUGAAUUGGAGGAAGACUGCAAGGGAUUAGGGUGGCAUUUGGGACAGGGCCCAAGUAGAAUUUUCAUGCUUGUGCUUAUAUCUUAUUGUGUACAAAAGCAGCAGAGAGCAUGCAAUACAUAUAGUGUAAAGUAUAAAAUAAGCACUUGAGAGGGGGUGGGGGGGAUCCAAUUUGAUCUUGAACUUGAUGAACUAGCCAUGGAAAAGGAGUUAUUGUAUUAUCAGGUCUAUGGAGAUGGUGACCACCUAAGACCCUUUACUAGCUGCAAAUUGCAGUUUGGACUGAGGGUAAGUGGAAAUCAGAGCUAGGCUGCAGGGCCUUUUUCCAGCUGGCAAUCAUUGGGAACGGUGUUCUCCGUUUUAUAGCAAGCUGUGAUUGUAAUAUUAGCUGAUAUUGCUUUAACUGCACUUUGCUGCGUGAGUGUGGAGAGAUGCCAGGCGCCAUGUGUGGACAUGAGGUAAAACUGUCAGCAGCGCUCUGUGUUGCACACAUUAACCUCUUCCUCCAGGCCAGACAAAACCGCAGGGUCUCUGCUCAAGCCCACCUGUAGAUGGCGCACUCAUUAAGAGAGGAAAUAAGAUAUCAAUACAACUUGAAUUGAGCCAUGCCAUCCACACUUUAGUAUUGUGUCUCCGAUUAGUGUACCCUUUUUUUUUUUAUUUAUUUCCAUUCCGUUUGUGUGGCUUGUCAGCGUAACAAAAAAAGAUAAAUCUGGCUCCUGCAGAUUUGCGGUCUUGACUGUGAUGCCAUAUCGCUAACUGUGAACUAACCACAGACCUGCCAAGCAAGCCUCCCUCUCAUUUCUGUUUUGUUUUUGUUUUUUUGGUUGGGUUAUUUUCUCAGAUUUGAUCAAGUAGGUUUACCGGUAGGGAGAACAUUUCAGUGUAUGUUUGGAAAAUAUUCUCAUGUUUGGACAUUUCAUCAUUUGUAGCCAGGCUGCACCUUAUCCCACUAAGCUCCUGGUUCAAAGAGUCAGAUAAUGUUGUAAUUGUGUCUUUAUCUUUACUGGUUCAUAUGUAGUUUUAAUCAUUUCUACUUUUACAGAGUAUAAGUGACAUUUUGCUAUUAACGGAGACCCUGGGUACUAACAUUUUUUUAAAGAAUGCAGGGCCCUUCUUUAAUGGUAUAUAUAAACCCAUAUCUAAAAUUGAAACUAUCAUUAAUUUUAACUGCAGGUAUUUCACCUCACUGUGAGAAAUGUGUUACUGAUAUAAUAUCUCAUUUUAUUUGGAGUCAUUUCUGUCAUCAUCUACCUUUCAGUUCUGAGGCAGUCAUUGUCCAUUUUAAACACCAUAGCACUUUAAUCCUAAAAUAAUUUUUAUAAAAAUUAGUCAGUGUUGACUUCAUUUUUGUGAUUUAAAAGGGAUACUUCACCCAAAACUGAACAUUCUGUCAUUAUUUUCUCCCCCUCAUGUUUUUCCAAAGCCAUAUGACAGUCUCUAUCUGUUGAACACAAAUGGAGGUUUUAGGUUAAAUGUUAUCCUUAGUCACUGUUCACUUUCAGUGCAUCUUUUUUCCAUGUCAUAAAAAUUAAAGCUGAAGUAUGUAGAUUCUGCUACACUAGUGCCACUGAAUGGAAAUGCAAAAAUUAACAAUGUUUUCAAAACAGCUUUCCGAAUACGCACCUCGCCUUCUGUUGUUUGAACCGUCAGAUAAUUUCACCUCAAAUUCAUGCCAUUGGUUAAGUAAUGUUGUUGGGGCGUGUCUAAGUGGUCACACUAAACAAACAGGAAUUUUAUAGUACCACAGAGACAAAAGCAUUUACAUUUUUUGAGAAAAUUAACCUCUGAAUGACUUGCUUUUAGUUGUCUUUGCAUAAUAAUCUGGGAUUGAAGGGAGUAUUUAACAUACUUUCACUUUACUGGUGACUGAUGCUAACAUUCUUCCUAACAUCUUUUGAGUUCCACAUAAGCAAGAAAGUCAUACAUGGUUGAAACAACAAGGCAGUGAGUAAAUAAUGACAUCAUUUUCAUUUUGGGGUGAAAUAUCCUUUUAACCAAGCCAUUUUAAACAACCAUUCAAACAGCAACAUUUAACAAUGCUUGUGAGGGAAAAACGGUGAUAGGGAAAAUGUCUCAAAUUAGCCAAUGGUUUGUGCACAUGCAUAUUUUCAGACCUUUGUCUUUGCAAAAACAUAAAUCUGCUGCUCAAUAGCAGUUUAGCAGCCAUUUGUUUCCAAUUCUCCUGAGCCUGUGAAAGAUAUUCCUUUUCUUUCUUUCCGCAGUGUACCUCCAAUAUGUCAAGGUAAUUACACGAGAGGACAGAUUGUAAUAAGGUUCUUGUGUUCCACUGAAUGUCUUUCUCUUUUUCAUUUUUUUCUGUAGAUAUUUCCUGUAUUGUGUAAUAUGUAUUGCCACACUUAUUGAAUAUUUGAUGUUCCAUAAUGAGCGUACGUAAUGUGUGCAGGUAUUCUGGAAAAUGACAGCUUUAGGUGUGCCGAAGUUGAACGAUCGCCAAACAUUAUCACCAGUCCAUGUGGUCAUACUUUUGUGACGAGACUUGCUAGUGAAAUCGCUUUGAAAAAAGACUAAAGCGUUUUGUGUUGCGCUUUGCUUUACUUGCAGCCGCACAGAGACUGAAUUCGGGCACAGCAGCGUUAAGAUUCAUGUAAAAUUAAUUAUUGAAAGUCUCUUCAAUGAUUGAGAUCCAACCAUUGAGUCCCAUCAGGGAAAAUCAGACUCUUAAAUACAAUCAUGUACAGUAUUUUAUAGGCUAAAAGGCUACAAAUGUGAUCCAAUUGUGUCUCGGAGGGUGUAUUUCUCUCAUCUGGGAGACCAAAUCUGUUUUACAGGCUGGUGCCUAUGCUAUUUAGUGGAUGUGUAAUAGGUGGUGCUUAGAUUUGAAGCUGGUCUGUGCCUCUGCAUACAGCAAGAUCGGCAUAAAGCGCCUGAGGAAUCGACAUAUCUUCUGAGUUCUUCUUGCCAUGUUGGCCAGGAAAUGUUUUGUCAUGUUGUCAAGAGUUUUCAUCUAAUCUGAAGGUGUUGGGGAUUGUGUUGAAAAUAAGCCAAAGUGGAAUCUCGGCAUGGACAGGUUAUCAGUCUGAUCAAAUGAACUUUAUAAGAUUUUCCACAGUUAUCUAAGCUAAACAAAAAGAAAGAAAGAUACAGGCCAAAUAUAUUUUUGUUGACCAUGUCUAUCGGUUUAUAAGGUGUUGCUGUGCUCAGACUUCUGUCCGGAUGUUUAUUGUCUGAUAUGUUUUGUUCUCUGUUUUAUAUCAAAACAGCAUGACGCUUUAGAUCAUGUUUGUGGCUAUGGCUAUAUUCAGAUUUAAAAAAAAAAGAAUUUUAUUUUUCUGUUUUAAUCCUCUGUUUAGCGAUUUUGUUAUUGUUUGAUACCAAAAAAAGAAAAAGCGACAUGGGAAAGCUCUGUGGGGAACAAUUAGUUUUGCUUUGGCCUGCUUUUCUAACCUACAUGCUUAGAGCGUCAAUCAAAUGCUGAGGACUCGCCCACGUGCCACAGCAAUUCCGAAAACUGCCCAGUACUCCACUAUAGCAAGAAUUACAACUUUCUGUUCCUUCCCCUCAAGUGGGUUCACUUUAUUUCACACAUUCACCACUUCCCUCUCAGAGCCAUUCUUAUUUAUCAAACACACAAUAUUCUCAGCUCUACUAGUGAAAGUGAAAAUGUGUAUUUUUGAUAAAAACACAAGUGCAGGUUAUAGUCCAAAAACAAGCAUGUAGUGUCACAGUCCUACCUCAUUGCUGCUUAUCAUCUGUCUAGGUAUGUGCUGUACUCUUAGAUCCUCAUAGCUUGUUCACAUUCAGAGGUAUAUAUAAGUUUCUAUGGUGUAGAAUAUUUUUCGGUGUCAUACUUUACUCCUUAAACAAUGUUCAUGUUUCUGUAUUCUGUCAGUGUCGGAUGUGCAGUAGAAAGGGUUUGAUUAUAUGUUUCUUUCCAGUAAUACAAUUUUUAUCCCUUUAAUGGUGCUACCAGCAGGCAUGGGUUGUCUAAUCUGUGUUACUUAUCACGGAUGGUGCUAAUUUUUCUACUGUUUUGGAGCUCGUCCAGCUUGGCAUGAAUAAAACCGGUUAUCUACAGUAUGUUAGUUUUAUAGCAACAGGAGUUUUUGAAUAAAAUUAAAGCAUACAAGAUAAAAUCUUACAAAUUACAUCCAGCAUGUUGUAAAAUUUGGUUACAUAUUUCAAAUAAGAUAAUAUACCUCUAACCAAUUACCUCAGUCUUCUAGAUUGCUCUUUUAAAUUAAAUAUUAUUAAUCAGUGCAUGCAGAUUCUAUCUGUGGCCAUAACCUUUUUUAUCAUACAAUACAAACCUAACGAUGGGGUAAGAAUCCUGAUCAUCUGAACUAUCUACUUAAAUAUUACUGGGCAGAUGACUCUCACAGCAAUGAGGUCCUCAGCAGUAAUGUAUUUAAUCCCACUGUAGUCGCUGCAGAAUUACAGUGCAACUAUGGUAAUAGUCUUACAUAUGUAUGGUGGUGGAAUUUAUAUUGUGCAGUACACAAAUUGUAAAGAGUUCUUAACUUACCAAAGUGGUUCCCUCCCAAAGAAAAGUAUUUUUUUUUUUCUUUCUUUUUUUUUUUACAUUUGUCAGUUUGAAGACUCUGAUUUGAAUUUCAGUUGGUCUCAUAGCUACUCAGAAAUACGGGUGUGUUGAGUGAUGAGGGCUCAGCAGAACGUGAAUUUAUUCAUCAACAAAAAUAUAAUCAGUUGCAUGUUUUUGUAACAUUAUUAUUCAAUAUUUUUUAGUUAAUAGAGACAGUUGAUUGAAUAAGAAUGGGCAAAUUAUGUGAUUUUGAAGAUUCAAUGUCAUAUCUGAAUAUAUGAAGUAGAUGUGUCAUCCGCUUCAUGAACUGACCUCAAAAGAAACAAUGAUUUCAGAAUUGUUCAUAUUACAUUUAAAUCAAAAACGUUUUUGCAUUUUAAUUUCACGUUUUGUGUCUUUAUCAUCUCCUUCAUUCUUGCUGCUGAGUAAAUAUCUAAAAAUGUGUGUGUGUGUGUUUACACACUCACUGGCCAUUUUAUUAGGUACUGUAUAUCUACUUUUUCAUGCGAUUAUCUUCUUAGCCAUUCGUGUGGGUCAUGAGCUUCAGUUAAUGUUCCCGUCAACCAUCAGAAUGGGAGAAAAUGUGAUCUCUGUGAUUUAGACUGUGGCAUGAUUGUUUGUGCCAGACAGACUGGUUUGAGUAUUUCUGAAAUUGCUAAUCUCCUGGAAUUUUCAUUUGCAACAGUCUCUAUAGUGUAUAGAGUAUGGUGCAAAAAACAACAAAUGAGUGGCAGUUCAGUGGACGAAAAUGCCUUGUUGAUGAGAAAGGUCAACAUAGAAAGGCCAGAUUGGUUUGAGCUGUCAAAGGCUACGGUAACUCUGAUACCCCCUCUGUACAAUUGCAGUGAGCAGGAUAGCAUCUCCGAGUGCAUAGUAUCGAACCUUGAAGCAGAUGGGCUACAGCAGCAGAAGACCCCGUUGGGUUCUACUUCUGUCAGCCAAGAAAAGAAAACAGGCUGCAGUGGGCCUCCCAAUUGUGCACAUCAGCAGAAAUCCAGAUUUGUCAGACUUGGCGAUGUUUUCCAAUAGUCUACUGUCUAGUUUUGGUGAGCCUGUGCUCACUGAAGCGGUCUUCUGCUGCUGUAGCCCAUCCGCCUCAAUUUUCAACAUGUUGUACAUUCAGAAACGCUAUUCUGCAUAGCGCUGUGGUAACACGUGUUUAUUUGGAUUUUGUCACCUUCCUAUCAGCUUGCACCAGUCUGGCAAUUCUCCUCUGACCUCUGUCAUUAACAAGCCGUUUUCACCCACAGAACUGCCGCUCGCUUUGUUUUUUGUUUUUGGCACCAUUCUGAGUAAAUUCUAAAGAAUGUGCAGGAGAUCAGCAGUUACAGAAAUACUCAAACCAGCCUGUCUGGCACCAACAAUUAUGCCAUGGUCCAAAUCACUGAGGUCAAAUUGUUUCCCUAUUCUGAUGGUUGAUGUGAACAUUAACUGAUGCUCCUGACCCAUAUUUGCAUGAUUUUUUACACUGCUGCCAUACGAUUGGCUGUUUAGCUAAUUCAGGUGUACCUAAUAAAGUGGCGUGCGUGUGUGUGUGUGUGUGUGUGUAUAUAUAUAUAUAUAUAUACGUAUUAAUCAAUAUUUUUCCGAAAGAUUUUGAUGGAGAAUGUCAGAUGAAAUAACUGUGAACAUGCUGUCAUUCAGGUCUGCAUUUGUGAGUGGUUGUGGGUAUUUCUUGAUAUGGUAUUCUUUUGGUUAGUAUUGGUUUUAUCAAUCUGUAAGGUGAAUGCGCUUGACCCUGGGCUGUUGUCAGCAGGAUGACUUCUUUAAAUACAGUACAUCAACCUGCUUGCAUUACUCCGUGUGUUCUGAAAAAGUUAGGUUGGUCUUCUUACCCACCGAUCAAGUCAAAGUCUGGACUAAAAGGACACUCAGUGGAGAACUUUUAUUCAUACUGUGUUUUUAUGCUGAACUCGGCUUGAUUUCAGCUAAACUCUGCCUCGCUGCACCUUGUUUCUGCCUUCAAGGGGACUCAAACAGAAAAGAAGGACAACGUAAAGAAAAAUCUAAUGUUUUCACAGGUGCCCUCCUUUCAUGUGAGCAGCUGGUUUUGCCAGUUAACAUCAGUUGUGUGUGUGUAUGCGUGUUGUGUGUGCUGCAGUCUGAGUACUCUUGUUCAAUGUACAGAAUAAAUUCUAACUUUUAUUCUACA